AUGCCAGAGCCAGCAAAAUCUGCUCCCGCUCCCAAGAAGGGCUCUAAAAAAGCUGUGACUAAGACUCAGAAGAAGGGCGAUAAGAAGCGCAGAAAGACUAGGAAAGAGAGUUAUUCCAUCUACGUGUACAAAGUGCUGAAACAAGUUCACCCGGACACCGGUAUCUCCUCUAAGGCCAUGGGGAUCAUGAACUCCUUUGUGAACGACAUCUUCGAGCGUAUCGCUGGGGAAGCGUCUCGCCUGGCUCAUUACAACAAGCGUUCAACCAUCACUUCCCGGGAGAUCCAGACCGCUGUGCGCCUGCUUCUGCCGGGGGAGCUGGCCAAACAUGCUGUGUCUGAGGGCACCAAGGCCGUCACCAAGUACACCAGCUCCAAGUAAA